UUAAAAGACGGUCAACUGCGUUCGCGAUUUAUUUAACGACUUUAGAAGGAUCCUCGUUGAGUAAUCUGGAGGCCAGGAAGUUGCAACUACGAAUUGGUAAGGUUGAACCUUUAUAUAACGCUUACGAUGAUAUACAGUUGAAGAUUGAGUGCCCUUCCGAUGAUGAUUUACAAACAACCGAACGAAUUGAUUUUGAAAAUAAUUAUUAUCAUGUACUUGCUAAUGCAGAGGGAAUGUUAGAUAAUUAUCAAAAGGCUCAAAAUAAAGUAGAAAGUAAAUUGAUUCUACCCGUUCCAAACAUAAAGUUAAGUUACCCACUAUUCAGUUGCCGAAAUUUUGUGGUUCAUAUGAAACGUGGAUGGAGUUCCGUGACACAUUUUCGAGUUUAAUUGAUAAAAAUAAUCAAAUUUACCACAUAAGCAAAUUUCAUUAUUUGAGAGCAUCAUUAGAAGGUUCUGCUGCUGUGGUAAUUAAAUCCAUUGAAUUAUCAGACAGUAAAUAUCCUAUCGCUUGGAGGCUUUUUUGUGAUCGUUUUGAUAACAAACGGUUAUUAAUACAAAAUCAUGUUGCAUCCUUAUUUAAUAUCGAACCUAUGACAAGGGAGUCUUCUGUCAAUUUGAAGCGUCUGAUCGACCAGGUAAAUAAGAAUUUACGUUCAUUAGAAUUCCUCGGAGAACCGAUCGAUCACUGGGAUACUUUAUUGAUUUAUAUCAUUACACAAAAAUUUGAUGUAAAAACAUUCCGUGUGUGGGAGAACACAAAGGUAAUUUCCCUAAAGACAAGCCAAUAAGUUUCGAUGCCUUUCUUUUAUUUAUGCGUAAUCGUACAGAUUUAAUUGAGACAAUUGAAUUGUCACAGAAUAAUACAAUGAGUAACAAGAACUCGACUAAAAUAAACUAUGGUUUCUUAUCAAGGUCACAAUAAAAAUAAUUCUAAUUUAUCGUCACCGAAGCGAUGCCCUAAUUGUAAUGAUGAUCAUUAUUUAAAUAAUUGUCCGAAGUUUCUAGCGUUAAAUAGUGCAGCGCGAUAUAAAUUGCUACCUAGUUAUAGGGUUUGUUUUAAUCGUUUCCGUAGUGGACAUUUUGCACAACAUAUGCAUUGAUGCCAAGGAGGAACUGCCACCUACUGAAGUGCAUAUCAAUGAAAUAAUAGAAAAUGGGCAAAUUGAAAAGAAUAACAUAACUUCUUAUAAUACAAAUGAAGAUAGAAGAACAAUUAUCACACACAGAUUCUUUUCUUAAUAUACCUAAAAAAAAUACCUAAUUCUUUAUUUAUUACAUACCUUUUAUUUUAUUUAAAAUUGUUUUCAAUGGGUUUUUAGGUUUUCAUUUAUCAUUUUUGAAUUAAUUUAUUCAGUUAUUUGUUCCCGCUGUAAAUUUAUUAAGGAGCUUUUUCUUUUUCAAUUUUUAAUCUUUUGACUGCUAAUGUAUUGGUGAAU